CACUUUCAAGCUCAGCAAGACUGCAGAUUUCAAUCUUCCUACCGUGUUUCCCAUCUUCGCCAUCUUCAAAACGCGAGUUCUAAUUUGUUUGUAACUCUUAAUAAACCUCCCACAACACACAACCUCAUCUGUAUCUCGCCAUGGCAGCAUCGCUCGCAGCUGCAUUGCCGAAGCCAAAAUACACUGGUGAAGAUGAAGACAUUCCGACACAUGCUCAGCAGCGUGGCCCUCGAAUCGUUGGAGCCGACCAAAUAGAUGAAUCGCAAAUUGUUUUACGAAGAACAGGCCCACCACCAUACGGUCAACGAAAAGGAUGGCGACCAAGGGCCCAAGAAGAUUUUGGCGAUGGUGGUGCUUUCCCAGAAAUUCCUGUUGCGCAGUAUCCUUUGUCAAUGGGAAAAGAGUCGGGUACGAGUAAUGCAUUAGCGAUCCAGGUCGACGCAGCUGGCAAGGUCAAAUACGAUGCCAUUGCAAAACAGGGGCACAGCGAGGGAAGGAUAGUUCAUUCAUCAUUCAAGGAUCUUAUUCCUCUUCGACAACGCGCAGAUGCUGGCGAGAUCAACUUGGAAAGACCAAGUGAACAGGAAGUGGCAGAAACGACAGAACGAACGAAAAAUGCUCUAGCUUCCCUCGUGAGCGGUGCUGUAGCUGCACAGAAGCCCAAGAAUGUCAACAUAGGUCAACGAAAGGAUCCCACAUUCGUACGGUAUACGCCAGCAAAUCAGAUGGGAGACAACUCCAAGAAGCAGGACCGUAUCAUGAAGAUUGUGGAAAGGCAAAGAGAUCCCAUGGAACCACCAAAAUUCAAACACAAGAAGAUUCCCAGAGGACCUCCAAGUCCCCCUCCGCCUAUUAUGCACUCACCACCACGAAAGUUGACCGCCGAAGACCAAGAGAUGUGGAAGAUCCCUCCCCCCGUUUCGAAUUGGAAGAAUCCCAAGGGUUUCACAGUUCCCCUCGACAAACGAUUAGCCGCUGAUGGACGAAAUCUACAAGAUAUCGCAAUCAAUGACAAGUUCGCACAAUUCUCGGAAGCGCUCUUUAUGGCCGAUCGACAUGCCCGUGAGGAAGUUCGUCAACGAGCGCUCAUGCAGCAAAGACUUGCAGAAAAGGAGAAGGCACAGAAGGAAGAAAAUUUACGUAUGCUUGCGCAAAAGGCUCGAGAAGAGCGCGGCGCUGCUUCAAGACGGCGUGAUUCUAGGGGCUCGCGCGAUUCACGGUCGAGAUCACGAUCGCGGAGUUACAGCUAUUCAGAUUCUGGCUCGGACAGUGACGAGUCGGACGUUCGGGAAAGAGAAAAGGCCCGGCAAGAAAAACGACGGGAGGAAGAGCGCAAACUUCGCCAGUCUCGCAUGGGCGCAGAAAGACGAGUGCAGGUCAUGGCACGAGAACAGAAUCGCGAUAUCUCGGAGAAGAUUGCACUUGGUCUGGCGAAACCCACUCAGAAGGCAGAGUCUAUGUACGACUCACGUCUUUUCAACCAGUCGAGUGGGUUUGACAGUGGGAUCAACGAAGAUAACCCCUAUGACAAACCACUGUUUGCUGCCCAAGACGCCAUUAGCAGCAUUUAUCGUCCAAGCCAAAACAUGGACGAGUACGAGGAUGAAGGCGCUGGAGACCGAGAAAUGGCCAAGAUUCAGAAGACGAGUCGAUUUGGCGAGGUAUUAGGCAAGGGGACGUUUAAGGGUGCUGGGGAUGCUGAGGCACGAGAAGGGCCGGUCCAGUUCGAGAAGGACACAGCUGGAAACGAUCCGUUCCAGAUGGAUAAGUUUAUGGCUGAGGUAGAUCAAAGCUCUUCAUCGAAGAGAGGAUAUGGAUUGCAAGAUGGCGAGUCUCGAGAGCCGAAACGUGCUCGAGUAGAUGAAGAUGACGAUUGAAGAGCUAUAAUGGCUUGGAUAGAUCGAUAUUCAAUAUUCGAUGCUCUUCAUUGUACUUACCCACCCAGCCUAUGUACAUACCUACGUACCUACCUGCUCGCAGGUGGAUGCUAAAAGGCUUUAUCAACGCCGAAAAAUUUGUGUCACUAUAAUAGCCCGUUAGAGGGCGGGCAUUUCACGGGAGUUCUUGCGGGCCAACGACGGCACCAGCGCUAUAUAUGUAGUGAAUUAGCAUUCUCAUGAACUACACGUACCCUUAUUUAACAUCAUUGCAAGAACCAAUCCCGGUUCAUAUGAAGUUGAGCUAAUCCACCUUUGUUGCACUUACUCUUCCUCUUCGUGCAAUCCUAUUUGUUAUCUAUCAUUCCUCUUCAGAUCGAAUUUUAUUGAAU